AGACAUUUAGUCAAAGACUCAUGGUGUCUGGUAUCUGGAGGAAGAUAUAAUCGCUGCCCUUGGUUGAAGUUGAAUAACUCGAUCCCCGCGUGAUCAAAAUAACAUUUAUAAUUACUAACAAAACCAGAAAAGAAAAAAUUGAAAAAAAUAAGCAAAUAAAUUUAGUCGUGGUGUCUGAAUUUCUGGAUGUGAGUGAGGAAAUCGGGAAAGAAACCAUGCAUGCCCUCGUUUUAUCGGGUUUCUUCUCCUUACUUCACAAACGUCAUGAGCACACGCACACCGCAAAGUACAGAGUAUUCGAGGCGAAACGACGAUGCAGCAUGAAAAAGAAGAGCACAUCAUCAAGAAGCCUCAGAAGCAGGUGGCCUUCCAUCGCACUUUCACUUUUUGGUUCGGGUUUCUUCUUGGGUCCUCUGGUUGAUGGAAUUCACUCAAGAGUACAUCUUGUGGAGUAUCAAAAUGGCUCCAUCAAUAUCGGUCCUCUUCACACAAACAUCUGGGUCCCUUUUUUGCUUGGUUCGUUUUACUGUACUGUUGGGUUGCUUCAACUCUUCCUGGAUGAAAGGGCCUCUUCAAAAAUUCCAAGAGGAAUCCAAGAGAAAACGGCUGUUUCAUUCAUAGCACUUGUGCUAUUUAUAGAAUUGAGCGCUGAAAUGUACAAAGCAGGAGUCGCAGAUAAUAUUGAAGCCUAUAUAUUAUUUGCAGCAGCAGAGUCCGUAUGGUUAUCCCUUGACAGGACUUGGCUAGGUUUCACCCUAGCAUCCAUCGUUGGCCUUGGUUGUCCGCUGGCUGAGAUUCCCAUGAUGAAGUUCUUCCACCUUUGGUACUACCCACAAGCAAACAUUGAAAUCUUUGGUCAGGGAUUAGUCAGUUGGACAAUCACUUGCUACUUUGUCUACACGAUAUUUUUGGUUAACUUAUCAAGGUGGCUUAAUUCAAUCAUGGCAGCUGAUAAUGGUAACAAUGAUUAUUCUUUAGAUAAAUAGUCCAAGAAUUGUUCCAUGUCUAGUGCCGAAUCCAAAAUAUAGUCGGAGCGUACAGUAUCCCACAAUAUCAUUCUCUUGUAAACUUAGAUUAAAGGUUGUUUCCUAGAUUUAAGAACAUUUGUUGUAAACAUCCUAGGGUUCAUGAAAAUCUAUGUUCUGCUGUACACAUUAUGUAAAUUUUUAUUUCUAAGAAAUGAAUUCAUGCAUGUAUAUUUGUCCAACAA